UAAUAAAACACACGCUACUUUUUAACAAACUCAGUACACCGCAAUCGUUUCUGCAGUGACCAUCUUUAUCUUGUUUGGAUAUUUCGUUCGAUACGAUGAAAGCCAAAAAGGAGAAAAUACCAUCUACUUCAGUAAGUGCAUGCUAGCUUAAGUUCAAGUGUAAAACCCCUAUCCUAUUAUAUCAUGUACAGUCAGAGUAAGGUCCUACAUAGGUACAUAUUUGAAAGGAAACUGUUAUUUAGAAGUAAAAAGUAAAUUUCUUCUCUCAUCGCCUCCACGAGAAGUUGAAGAGUUUGAAUCCAACGAUUUUCGAUCUCAACAUUGAGGCUUCGAUCAGAAGACCGAGGCGGUCAUUACAACUGACUCAUAACAGAAGCUAAAGCAUGCAGACAUCGGCUUCAAGUCUUCAACAACUCAAGGAGGUAAUGAUAGAAGGAAUGUCCUGUAUUUGUUGAAAUAUGUUGGAGAGACUGAUUCAAGACUUCGUGGAAAUGUUUCAGAACUGCAAUAAGAUCCAUGACGACCGCCAUUUGCUAUCAUAAUUUGAAGUUUUUUUGUCACAUGUACUUUUCAGAAAUACAGUUACUGUGAUACUUUUUUACCUUUUAAAUGUGGAAUUCAUUUUUGCAGCAACAUACAAAAUGUUCUUUUCCCAUUUUUUGUUUAUAAUGUAGUUAUUAACAAAUCAAUAAAUGUAAAAUAUAAACAUUUUUCGCUAUUCCAAUAUUUGGACUAAUUCUGUAGGUAAUGCAAUAAAAAACACAUGAAAAUGAAACUACUAAAUAGCCAAUCAAAAUUCUAGUUCGAAAAACAUCAUUUUAAAAAGCAGGAUAUUUCCAACAUAAAACGUGCACACGUCAAUUAUUAAGCAAACACGAGAAAUAACGGGAAAGAUAAACAAAGCGUAUCUGCCUCAAAUUACCGACCAUAUACACAUUUGUUUACUGUUUAUGACAACUUGUUUUACCUUUUAUCAUUUUAAAAGCUCGUAUGUCAUCCGGAGUCUAGUAGCGACACCCACGACUAAUAAUAAUAAUGAAAACGCGUUAAUAAAAAAUAUGAGUAUCGGGGUCAACCACGAAAAUUUGCGCAUUAAACGUAAUUAAAUUAAAAAGUUUUUUUAACUUUUUGAGCUUACUAUCGUGUUUCAGCAUUUUCAUUUUGUCACUCUCUCCCCAGGUUUCGUUAAUCUUUAAUGAAACUGAUAAUUUCUUGUAUUAAUAGCUUCUGAAAGUUGAUACCAUUUUCAUAAUUUUGUAUGGCACUUAAAAAUGCCUCCUUCAAUUUUAUGAUCUUCUUCAUUAUCGACAAAAUAAUUUUCACGACGGCUUAGUGCCUGUCCUGGAAUAUUUUGAGCCUGUCCUAGUUGCUAGCCUAAUGAGCUUGAGUUAACGACGAUUUAGGGUAGGGUAAGCGGUAUUUUUCAAAAGGUAAUGCCUCCCACGUAAGAGAAUAUCCCUGUUCGUCACUACAUUAUAAUAUAAUGAAUAACUGAUGUACAUCUAGCUUUAUCCCUUCAAAAAAGUGCAUGUUACUUAUCCUAACGAGCAUUGACUUAACUUCAUUAGCAUUAACAUAUUCUUUUGAAUGUAUUCACUCAAAUGAUCUCUUGAGGUCAAGAAUUUCUUUUCAUAAGCCACAGAAUACAUCUAUAUUUCAGCCUGAUUCUUUACAAAUUCUACGCAGUUUUCUUUCAAGCAUUUAAGAAACAUGAACGGUGAUUUUUGGCGAAGAAGCAACAUGAACCAACGGAAUAUCAGUUAUGAAUUUUCAAAUAUAAAGUCUUUAAGGGUGCAGAGAAUUCGAAGAAUGGGUGAUAUGCUAGUGUUAUUGUCGCUUCAACUAUUUCUACUUAUAAUGUUCGUAGAAUUUUCAAAAUAUUACCCCGACGCUGAUGCAAGCGACUUACAUACGUCAUCUCAUCCCGUUUUCGGAGGCUUUGAUCCAAAUCUAAACACUUACAGGAAAUAUAACAGCAUGUUCCAGGAUAUACAUGUUAUGGUGUUUCUUGGAUUCGGAUUCUUGAUGGCUUUCUUAAAAAAAUAUGGCUACAGCUCGAUAGGAUUCAAUUUUUUCUUGGCAGCUAUUCUUGUACAAUGGGCCAUUUUAUGUCGUGGGUUCUUUCACCUGAGCAACUUAAAAAUUCCAAUCAGCGUAGAAAGCCUUGUGGAAGCAGAUAUAGCAGUAGCAAGUGUACUUAUAUCAAUGGGUGUUCUUCUUGGACAAACAACUCUCUUACAAUUAAUAAUUAUGGGUAUUAUUGAAAUAGCCGUAUACCAAUGUAAUUUUUACGUAGGGGAUGAAAUUUUGAAGAUUGCAGAUGCAGGAGCCUCAAUUUUUGUUCACACAUUUGGAGCUUAUUUUGGUUUAGCUGCAAGUUUUGCUUUAAGCCGUUUUAAACGAAAGAAUGACAUUGAAUCAGACAAGAGCUUGGAAUCAUCAAAUUAUACAUCAGACCUUUUUGCAAUGAUAGGAACCAUCUUCUUGUGGAUUUAUUGGCCUAGUUUUAAUUCUGCAGAACUAUCAGGUGAUGAUCAACACAGGGCUAUAAUAAACACUUAUCUGUCUUUAGCAGCGUCUUGUGCAACUGCUUUCGCUUUUUCGGCAAUUUUAACGCCCGAUACCAAAUUCGAUAUGGUUCAUGUACAGAAUUCAACAUUAGCUGGGGGUGUCGCUAUUGGUGCCUCCGUUAAUAUGAUGAUUCAGCCGUACGGCGCCAUUUUUUUAGGAAUGCUGGCCGGAGCUUUAUCUGUCAUCGGAUAUAACUAUAUUACCCCAUGGAUCGACAGGAAUCUGCACAUUCAUGACACCUGUGGAGUACACAAUCUUCAUGGAAUGCCUGGAGUUUUGGCAGCUCUAGUGUCAGCAAUUUUAGCAGCUAUAGCUACCGAAAGCCAGUACCACACAGGACUCUACGACAUAUUCCCGGCACGAGCUCCAACAAUUCCAUCAUUCAAUCAAGACGUUUACAGGCAUAUUCAGGGCGACGGCAGGACUGCUAUGCAACAAGCCGGUUAUCAAAUACUUGCUCUUAUCAUGACUGUUGUGGUGGCUAUAGUGACCGGGUUUCUUACAGGUAUUUCAAAUAAAACCCUUUGCUUUCAUUAUUCCUUUCUAUAAAACAAUUUUUAAAACCAACAUGGAAUGAAAAGUUGCUUUUUCCUAUAAAACCGACAACCCACUUGUCUUCCUCAUUUACAAAUCUUUAUCAACUUAAUAUCAUACUAUACUUACCAAAAAAACACCUUAAUAAAGGCAUGUAAAUAAGAACAGAUCAAUAAAUCUAACAAUUGGUAAUGUUACUUACACAACACACCCCCCAUACAAUUACGUAAAAUGUUUUGAAAAUAGUGAGUCUUUCGUGUUAUUUUUCCCUCUAAAUUUUUAAAUAGAGUAAAAGUGCAGCAUUAUUUGCGACAGUUUGAUGUAUAAAGCGUCACAAGUCUUUUAAUUAGCCUAACACGUAAAUGUAGAGAUAUCAACGAUCAAUAUGUGAAAUGUAACAACUAAGUGCAUGCUAGAAUGAGAUUAGAUCUUUUAGAGUGUCAUUAGUUAAUUUGAGAUAAUUUAAUA